AUGCCUGGAUUGAAUCCUAAAGUAGCGGUCCAUCAGUUGACAGUCAAAAAUGGUUUUUGUCCUGUUAAGCAAGCUCAAAGAUGUUUUAGGCCAGACUUGGUUCCGUUGAUAGAAAAUGAAGUUAACAAACUCAUUGAGGCAGACUUUAUUCGUGAGGUCAAAUAUCCUACAUGGAGUUCAAGUAUUGUUCCUGAUGAGUUCCCUCUUCUCAUUCUGGAGCUAAUGAUUGAUGCCACUACUGGUUAUGAGGCAAUUCAUUCAUGGACAGUUCUUCUGGCUAUAAUCAAAUCCGCAUGGCACCAAAGGAUGAAGAACUCACCGCAUUUUGCACACCGAAGGGUACAAGCAUUAGCAUAUUUCUUGGUAGACCAUCCGAUACUUGAUGAUUGGGAGUUAACUGAUGAUCUUCCUAAUGAAGAUGCGAUGUCUAUUGAAAUUCAACCUCCUUGGAAAAUGUACUUUGAUAGGGCUGCACAUCGUGGUGGAGCUGGCGCUGGCGUAGUGUUCAUCACUUCACAAAAAGAACUUCUACCAUUCUCCUUUACUUUGAAACAAUGUUGCUCCAAUAAUGUCGAUGAAUACCAAGCGUUGAUACUUGGACUUGAGAUGGUCGUCGACAUGAAGCAAUUACACUUACAAGUCUUUGGUGACUUUCAGUUGGUGAUCAACCACUUCUUGGGAAGUUACGAGGUGAAAAAGCCCAAAUUGCACCCUUAUCAUGAUUAUGCUCAAAAGUUGAUAGGAUGGCUUGGAGAUGUAGCUCUUCAAUAUGUGCGUAGAACGGAAAAUAAGAAAGUUGAUGCGUUGGCUGCCCUAGCUUCAAUCCUAACCCUUCCCGAUCAAAAGCAAGUGACUAAUUGUCAAAAUUGGAUAGUACCACCGCCAAAUGAGGAAGAAUAUAUAGAAAAUGAUCUUGAGCAUCUCGUCGCCAUUUCUGAAGCCGCAAAGGAAGAUUGGAGACAACCUAUUAUUGACUACACGUGUUAUGGGAUACUUCCAGAAAAUCCAAGGAGAAGGACUGACAUUCGUCGUCGUGCACUUCGCUUCCUUUACUACAAGGACACAUUAUACAGAAGAUCAUUUGAGGAUGCACUAUUACGAUGUUUGGGAGAGGAAGAAGCAAUUCAAGCUCUACAAGAAUCACACUCAGGAGUAUGUGGAUCAUAUCAAUCUGAACCGAAGCUUCACUUUCACAUAAAGAGGAUGGGGUACUAUUGGCCAACCAUGGUGAAGGAUUGCUUAGAUUAUGCUCGGAGGUGCGAUGCUUGUCAAUUUCGUACAUCAGCGGCCGAAGUAUUGCACCCAACUAUCGCAUCUUGGCCAUUUGAUGCUUGGGGAUUGGAUGGUUGUGGGACCACUACCAAAAUCUUCUGGUGGACACUUACAAGCAAGCCAUUGGAUAACAAGUUAAUGAACAAGAUUUGUGAUCUCUUGGGCUUCAAGCAACGUAAAUCUUUUAUGUAUCAUGCUGCCGCCAAUGGUCUUGCUGAAACAUUCAAUAAGACUCUAUGCAACCUGCUCUACAAAGUUGUCUCCAAGUCCAAACGAGAUUGGCAUGACAGAAUGGAAGAAGCUUUACUUGCCAUUCAAGAAGGGAUCACUGAAGAAGAAAAUGCUCGACUAUGUCUUGUAGAGUUAGAAGCACUUGAUGAAAAGAGGCUAGAAGAUCAACAAAAUCUUGAAUGUUAUCAAGUUCGUCUAUCUCGUGCUUUUAACAAGAAGGUUCGCUUGAGGUGCUUCCAAGUUGGAGGCCAAGUUCUCACGGUAAGAAGACCCAUCAAUAUUUCGCACAAGUCUGGAGGCGAAUUUAACUCAAAGUGGGCUGGACCAUAUGUCGUACAAAAAGCAUAUUCAAAUGGUGCUUACAAGCUUGUUGAUGCUGAUGGCGAAGGAUCGGUCCUAUUAAUUCAAAAUUCCUAA